ACCCAUCGAAGUUCUGGAAUUUCUUUAGAUUCCUAUCCUAACUUUCGCUCCUUCCAUCCAUGUUUUAUUACUAAUCAAAUCAUUUAUCAUUAUCAAUUAUCUGUAACACUAAAACGCGCUUACAAACAGUAAUCCAUCGUAAGGUUAUUUCUGUAAUUUCAUUACCCGACCCUCUCCAUUUAUUAUAUAAACCCACGAUUCCGGCUCCAUUUCCCGUGUCCUCCGUAGCUAGACUACAGUCAACUUUGAAUUUAAUUUUCUUUUUUGUUUGUUUGUAUAAUCUGUUGGUGCUUACUGGUUCUGUACAGACCGAGUUCCAUUUUUGCCCUAGUUGUGCUCCCGAGUCCAAUGGAGAGAGGUGGUGGUGGCUAUAGAGAAAGAGGAUAUGGCGGAAGAGGUCGUUACUAUGGUGGUGGAAGAGGAAGAGCAAGAGGAAGAGGUAGAGAUGGCAGCGCUGAUCAUCAGCCUCCGUAUCAGGCGCCCAUAGGCCAAGGGCAAAGUGGGGCCAACUGGAACCCAACUAACUCUCAAGUGGGUCCUUAUCAGGACGGCGAUGCGAGGGGUGGUCAGGCUGGUGGUGGUCGUGGUAGAAGGGGAGGGUGGGUUCCUCGGCUUCAACCGGAGAGACCGAAUUAUAGUUAUGAGGCCGAAUCAGCCAGCGGCAGAGGCGGCGGAACUGGUCGUGGGCGAGGGAGGAGGCCUUUCAGGCCCGUUGCUGCCCCAACACUGGAGCCUGAAGAUAACAUACCUGCAUUGCCUCCUAGUCCUCCUCCUCCUCCUCCUCCACAGUCUGUCCCAGAUUCUGUUGUGAUGAAUGUUUCAGAGCAGUUGGCUUCUACAUCAUUAUCUUCCGAGAAUCAAAAUAGACAUAACCCAAUUAUGCGACCGGAUAAAGGUGGAAGAACUGCUCUUGCAACUGUCAGGCUUAAUGUUAAUCAUUUUCGGGUGAAGUUCAAUCCGGAAAGUAUCAUAAGGCAUUAUGAUGUUGAUGUCAAGCAACUGGAGUCUCCUAGGAAUGGUCGCCCUGCCUAUAUAUCUAAGCCAUUAUUGUCUAAUAUCCGGAAAAAACUAUUCACUGAUAAUCCUCAAUUGCCAUUGUUGAUGACCGCAUAUGAUGGUGAAAAGAAUAUAUUUAGUGCUGUUCGAUUACCUGAAGGAGAAUUCAAGGUGGAAUCGUCCGAGGGGGAAGACGUGAUGGCCCGUACAUACAUCUUUUCUAUAAAGCUUGUGAAUGAGCUCAAGCUUUGCAAGUUGCGGGAUUACCUGUCUAGGAAAGCCUAUUCAAUACCUCGUGACAUAUUACAGGGGAUGGAUGUAGUUAUGAAGGAGAAUCCGGUAAUGCAUAUGGUUCCUGUUGGCCGGAGCUUCCAUCCUUAUGAAUCUUGUCCAGAAGAUGAUCUUGGAUAUGGCAUCACAGCAUCUAGAGGAAUCCGAUAUAGUCUCAAGCCCACGUACCAGGGUCUAGCACUUUGCUUGGAUUAUUCAGUUUUAGCAUUUCGCAAGAAAAUGCCAGUUUUAGAUUUUCUAGCUGAGCACAUUCCUGAUUUUAAUGUGAAUAGUUUUCGGAGGUUUAGACGACAUGUUGAUCAAGCCUUGAAAAACCUCAAGGUUAAUGUAACCCAUCGACGUACCAAACAGAAGUAUGUUAUAGUUGGGUUGACGCGAGAUGACACUCGCAAUGUUUCAUUUCCAGAUGCAAAUGAUCCACAAGUGCGAGUUAGACUCGUUGAUUAUUUCAGGGAGAAAUAUGACAAUAAUAUUAGAUAUUUGGAUAUUCCUUGCCUAGAUUUGAGCAGGAACAAUCGGAUGAACUAUGUCCCAAUGGAGUAUUGUGUCUUAGCUGAGGGUCAGAUUUAUCCAAAGGAUGACUUGGAUCGAGAAGCAGCUUUUAUGUUGAAGAACAUAUCCCUGGCAAAGCCAUAUGAAAGACAAAGCAAGAUCUGUGGUAUGGUUCAAUCCAAGGAUGGACCAUGUGGUGGAAACAUUAUCCAAAAUUUUGGUAUUGAAGUUGAUACUAGGAUGACACCAGUGGAAGGACGUGUGAUUGGACCUCCAGUUUUGAAGUUGGCUGCUCCGACUGGCAAAUUGUUGAAGAUAACAGUUGACAGAAACACAUGCCAGUGGAACCUGGUUGGAAAAGCUGUUGUGGUAGGCAAAGCAAUUCAGUGCUGGGCUGUGAUAGACUUUACUCAGGCUGAUCGAUUGAAACUGAACUGUGAUUCAUUCAUUCCAAAGCUGAGGAAUAGGUGCAGGAAUCUUGGAAUGACAAUGGAGGACCCCAUCUUAUAUGAACCGGCUCGAAUGCAAAUAUUUUCUGAUGGGAAUGGACUUCUUCAACUGCUUGAAAAUGUUACUCGUCGAGUACAUAAACUUGGUAAAGGAAAUUUACAAUUUCUACUUUGUGUAAUGUCGAGGAAAGAUGAUGGCUACAAAUGUCUUAAGUGGAUCUCUGAGACAAAAAUUGGUGUGGUGACUCAGUGUUGCUUGUCCAACCAUGCAAACAAAGGCCAGGACCAAUACCUUGCUAAUCUUGCUCUGAAAAUCAAUGCUAAGCUUGGGGGCAGCAAUGUGGAGCUGAAUGACCGGCUUCCCCACUUCUGUGGUGAAGGUCAUGUUAUGUUUAUUGGAGCAGAUGUUAAUCAUCCUGGUUCUUAUAAUAAUACUAGCCCAUCCAUUGCUGCCGUAGUAGCAACAAUGAACUGGCCUGAAGCUAAUCGUUAUGCAGCAAGGGUUCGACCCCAGAUCCAUCGCAAAGAACAGAUCCUAGAGUUCGGUGAAAUGUGUUUGGAGCUUGUCGAAUCUUAUGCUCGUCUAAAUAAUGUUAAACCAGAAAAAAUUGUGCUCUUCCGUGAUGGGGUUAGUGAGGGUCAGUUUGAUAUGGUUCUUAAUGAAGAGUUAAUGGAUCUCAAGAGUGCAUUCCAGAGAAUCAAUUAUUUUCCUACAAUCACCCUUAUUGUUGCUCAGAAGCGACACCAAACUCGUUUCUUUCCCGAGGGAAGGGGGGAUGGGGGUCCCACGGGUAAUAUUUCACCUGGCACAGUUGUUGACACUAAAAUUGUGCAUCCUUUCGAGUUUGACUUCUAUCUUUGUAGUCACCAUGGAAGCCUUGGUACUAGCAAGCCUACACACUACCAUAUCUUGUGGGAUGAGCAUGGGUUCUCUUCUGAUCAGUUGCAGAAGCUUAUCUACAACAUGUGCUUUACAUUUGCACGGUGCACAAAACCAGUAUCUCUGGUUCCACCUGUGUACUAUGCCGACCUUGUUGCAUAUAGGGGGUGGCUGUACUACCAGGCAAUGAUUGGAAGACAAUCUCCCAUUUCAACAUCAUCCUUAUCUUCAUCAAUGACAUCGUCAUCAUCAAUGUCAUCUGCAGCUUCAUUCCAUGACUGGUUUAAGCUGCAUGCAAACCUGGAAAACAUGAUGUUUUUUGUUUGAAGCAUGGCCAAAUUCCGUUCAACGCCCUGAACGCAGGUUUACUCCUUUUCUAAGCAUCUAGUGAAGGGGUUUGUGCGUGAAUCUAAUGGGUAUGAAGGCUUCUAGCUUCUCCUCUUAUACAUUGUUGGUUUAUAUAACAGUGAGUCGAGGGAACUGAAUAUUCUAUUGUUUCCGUUAUUCCGUCUUUUCUGGAAUUCAGUUGUGGAUUUGGUUUA